CUCCGACACGCCCCCACCCAGGUGCAGCAGCCAUGGCGACCGCAGGACCUGCCUGGACGGGGACGCUGGGUGCUCUGAUCGCAGCCCUGCUUCUGGGGGUCGCAGAGCCUGUUCUUGCCAACGACGUUUCCUGUGGCAACCCCCCUGCUGCCGGGCACUCAGCGAGCAACCGCGACCUGGGAGCUGGGCCCGAGGAGGGCACUCGGGACGACAGCAGUACCCGCAUCAUCAACGGGUCCGACUGCGGGAAGCAUGCCCAGCCGUGGCAGGCCGCGCUGCUGCUGGGGCCCAACCAGCUCUACUGCGGGGCCGUGUUGGUGCACCCGCAGUGGCUGCUCACGGCCGCCCACUGCAGGAAGCAAGGUUUCAGAGUCCGUCUUGGCCACCAAUCCCUGUCGCCCGUUUAUGAAUCUGGGCAGCAGUUGCUCCGGGGGCUCAAGUCCAUCCCCCACCCUGGCUACCACCACCCCGCCCACUCCAACGACCUCAUGCUAAUCAAACUGAACAGAAGGGUCCGGGUCACGCAGGAUGUCAAGCCCAUCAAUGUCUCCUCCCGUUGUGCACCUGCUGGGACCAAGUGCAUGGUAUCUGGCUGGGGGACAACCAGCAGCCCCACAGUGCACUUUCCCAAGGUCCUGCAGUGCUUGAACAUCACUGUGCUAAGUCAGGACACGUGCAAGAAGGCCUACCCAGGACAGAUAGAUCACACCAUGUUCUGUGCUGGCGACCAGGCGGGUCGGGACUCCUGCCAGGGUGAUUCCGGGGGGCCUGUGGUCUGCAAUGGCAGGUUGCAGGGACUCGUGUCCUGGGGAGACUACCCCUGUGCCCAGCCCAACAAACCCGGCGUCUACACCGACCUCUGCCAGUUCUCCAAGUGGAUCCACAACACCAUCCAGGCCAACACCUGAGUCACCCGGGACCCAGCACGCCAGCAUCCCCUCCCCCCAUUCCUUCCUAAGCAUGUGGAGGGUGUCAACCCCUUCAGCCCCUGCCCCUGUGUCUCCUGGAAUCAGGCUCCACUUACCCACCAGGGGACCCACCCUGUCUCUCUAGUCGUAUCCGGGGACCAAUUCCCCAGAAUGCCCAAGCGGGACGUGCGUCUCAGUCUCCCCAGAGCUUCUGUCCUCAAGCCCAGAGUCCAUUCCUUCUCUGCAGCUGUGGCUCAGAUUUAGUGCCAGAAAUAAACCGUCCAAGGAGAAGUGGACUCUGUGUGUCUCCUGCCUGUUCCCCAG